AUGUCCCUCCAAGCCCAAGGGCUGGCCAAAUUAUGUAAGGAUCAACGCUUCGAGUUGAUGGCUUGCAAAGACAAACCCGGGAAAUUUCAUCAGGAGGUGCAGGCCUUGAAGUCUUCAAAGGAUUCUUUGAAGGAAAGAUUGGCCUCCAAGGACCAGGAGCUCUUUGAGCUGGCUGAGGCGGGAGAUAUAACCAAGUCUGAGAAAAUUAAAGUCAAAGAGGAGGCCGUGCGUCUGAAGAUUGACCUUGACAGUGCUUCUAAGGCGCGGACUGAGCUAGGAGAUGCUUUAAAGGGACUGGAGACAUCUUUGAAGGACAAGGAUAAAGAGACAGUGAAGUUGAAAGAGGAUGUAGCCAACAACGUCGUCGAGGGGUUUGAGAAUUUCCAGGAUCAGUCUUGGUUCGUUAGCGAAAAAUGCAGCAGUUUCUUCGACCGUGUCUUUAAUCAGAAAAUGGGUACUAUCGUUUCUUUAUUUGGAGCUGCUGCUACUAUUGUGUCAUCCACCAACCAGAUCAUCUCAGCAAGCAUCUUGAAGAUUCCAACGAAUGAGUUUAUGGAUUGGGUCAAUCGAUCAAAGAAUACUUUGGAAAACUGA